UCUGUGGAGCAUUCACUCACAACCGUUGGAUCAAUUCAGAGCGUCAAUAAAUAACGGUUAUCAUUUACAUUUACAAAUCAUUUCUGUGUGGUUAUGUUUCUUCGUUCAUUUUCUUGGACCACUUCCUCUUCAGGCUUUCGUUUUUCUUAGAUCUAUUACUUCUGAUCUAUUGUUUUGAAAUUCUCUCUUCGGAAUUGAUUAGAUCGUUCAACGAUCUACGCUUUGAGUAUGGAUUUGAGGGGUUUAGUUGCGCGAUUCUUCUCCGAUGGUUUCUCUAAUCGAUCUGGAGCGUUAUGUCGUCGUUGUUCACACGGCCGCUGCGUUAGAUCGAUGGACGUCGGUUUGAGUUGAAAAGCUUGACGGAUUCAUAUAGUUUUCCUUGAGAUCUGUUUUACUAGGCCAUGUUUUGUGGAUUUUCAGUAUGUUUAUCCUUAUUCAUGAGUCUAUUGGAUUUUAUUCUAUUCUUGAAGGCCUGUUGAUUGUUUCUCCUGGUCUGCUGCACCAUCUCGUCUGUUCUUUGAUAGAACACGAAUUUGUCAUGGCUUGUAGAGGCAUCGGUUUGUUGGAUCGGAGAUUUUUGAUCGAGAUCUGUACGGGGCCUGUUUGGUUUUGGCGUCAAAGCUGCCAGAUCCUGGAUGGAGUGCUAAAGUUUGGAUUUGAGGCUAAGAAGGCGUUAUGAAAGGUUUCGUUUGAUGAUAAUAUUACCAUCUUGACUUGUUUGAAUGUGUCUUAUGAUGCCUUACGAUGUCCUUCCGUUCAUAAUCAUGUGUAGUGCUGCUGAGAGAGGAACGAGAGCACCGCGAGAUUUAUAUUUUGGAGGUAUAUUAUGUUCUUCGUUGUUGUCUACGGACCUUUGCCAUGUCAGGUGCGCUUGCAUGGCAGGUCAAAAUCUACCUAAUAAAAUUUUCUUUUUUGCGUUUUGAGGGGAGAUGGUACGGGGUUUUGCCCGGCUCUCCCUUCUUGUGUUGUGUCUUUCUUUUUCUUUUUUCUCCGUCCACUCUGCCCAACCGUUUCAACAUCCACGGGUAUUAUUUGCCUCAACAUCCACGGGUAUUAUUUGCCUCAUGAGUGGUUAUGGCUAUGUCUAUUUGGAUAAGUGUAAUGCUAUUGAGACAUAAAAAAAUGGCCUAAUUUGCUGACUUAGUGGUAGUGACAUGAUCCAAUAAUGGGAUUAUAUCACUUUAUACGUUAUUAUAAUAGCAAUUUAGGUCAAUUUUUUAGGUCUUAAUAGCAUUAUUCUUUGGAUAAUGAAUGCUACUAAACCUAUCACGGCAAAUAAGGCAUCUAUCAACAUAUUCUGCAACAUGAGCAAGCAAACGCAAGGAUCGGAUCUACUGCAUCACUCUCAGCUUAAAGGUACAGCUACCAAAAUCGUUCAGUUAAUCUAGUUAUUCUUCUUAUUCACACCUGCACCGAAUCACCAUAAAACAUAGUUUAUGCAAUAUUUCAAAGCACACCAUUAGAACUUUAUUAUCUUACUUCAGCCACAACUAUACAUUUCAAAAAUUGUUGCUACCAUAAACAAGUUUAAUGUUGUCCAAUCAAGAAAAUAGUUCUUGUUCUGGCUAUUAUGACCAUCAGAUCUCGUUGCAAAAAAAAAAAUGGCUAUAUUUACUUUAGAUAUGGUUAUUUUUAUCGGUUAUUUUUAUCCUGCAAUUGUCAAGAAGUACAAAUUUGCUUAUCUCAAUUAAGUAAAAAGUCUCCCAGCUGCCUGAUUUCAUCUGAUGUUAAUAAAAAAAGGGUUCACCCAGAUACCUCGAAAUUAUCUUGACAGGUGAUUACGAAUGAAUCAACAAAAAUUUAGGGACAGUUAAUUAUUCCUUUUGUCCAGAAUUUAAUUUUUUUAUAAUGGAUUUAUCCUUCACGAAUACUAAAUUACUUUGUAAUAAUGUGGAAAUGAGCAUAUAUAGAUUGUUCGAGAAAAUCUUGUGAUUGUUCUGUGUUUGAUAUCCCGGUUCACGUACACUGACGGAGAGUUAUGCAACUGAUGGUUACGAAUGAACAAAUCUAAAUUUAGGACCACAAUUCACUAUUCUGCUUUGUUCAGAUUAUUUUUUUAAGCAUAGCUUUAUUCGUCACAAGUAGUUUAUUACUUUGUAAUAACGUGGAAAUGAACACAUGUAGAUUGUUUCAGUGUUUGGUAUUAUUGAAUGUUGUUUCCCCAUUUAGUUUGGGGAUAGGGAGGAAGUUUGUAGGGAUGUGCGAAACUGAGAACGGUCUAGUCUAAUAAUAAUACAGGAUAUUGUAAAGAUACCGGUUCCAAAGGUUCUGUAAAAUCAUGAUCCGGCUUAGGUGGAGUUGCUGAAGGUUCAUUGACGGCUGCAAUGGUCGUUGAAUCAAUGUUGCUUACCAGUUGCUGUGAUAUGAUUGUAGUCUCUGUCAAAUCAUCACUGGAAGAGAUGAAUUGCUGCUGCUGCUGCUGUUGGAUCUGUUAGUGUGCUGCGAAGGAGUAUGAAUGGUAGUUGAUGAUUUGUUUACUUCCUAUGGAAAAUUUUAACUCUGUUGACCGAGUUGAAUUCUUACUGUUCCUCAUUUGUUCUUGUCUAAUAACCUCUCUGCUGAUGAUGUAAAGUAGGAUAAAUGGUGGUAAUAGUGUUGCAAAAGAGAUUGUUAUGUUGUUUAACUUCAUUUUUGUAUUGUAUAGUGGCUUACCAGAUGGGUCUUUUGAUUUGGUAGCAUUUAUUUUGCUAUAGUUCGGAGAAGAUUGUAGUAUUAGUAUUCUUAUCUGACAUGAAGGAUGAUUAUUCAGUAUUCUGGCUUUCAUUUUGUAGUGUGUGCUUUUCUUAGGUGAAAGUAGACAUUAUUUGAGGUGGCAGGUGGUGGAUGUGCUUGUCUCAGCAUGGAGUCUAGUUGCGAAGGGAAUUGCAGGGGCAGUUUUAUACCACAGGCAUCAAUUAGGCUCAAGGUAAAAUGCACAGCUCAUCUGGCUACCUGAAAAAAAUUUCGUUUUUAUGCAAACACAGGAGGAACUGAUUCUAAGUUGCAAUUAGUGCACUCAGGAGUUUCUUUCCAGUUGAGCCAUAUAGUAAUCAAUAACUCGUGUUAUAUGUCGUUGCACACUUGGGGCUUGAGCUAUAUGGUAACGAUGGUCUAAUCUUUUUGUGAAAUACUGAUAUCAAGUAAUGAGGUGCUUUAUGGCUUUACAGUGCAGCUCUCUAAUUAUAUGGUUUUGUGGGUUUUCAGCGUCAUACCAGCGUAAAAAUGACUAGACAUGUAUAAUUUUAAUGUUGUAUUUGGUGUUAUAGUCGGGGAGUGUAAUUGUCAAUUUAUUAGGUGUGGAUGGGGAAUUUCUCAUUGUUAAUUAUAUACUUUUUAACUAUUUAAUUCUGCCUUUUGUUAUAUGUUUCGUGUUGGUUGGGGUUUGGGAUUGGGAUCACAGAUGACGUAGUUAAAGUAAUCUGCUACUACAAAUCCAACAAUUUUUUGUAGUCCAUAACCAAAUCAGUAAAUAAUUAAAAACCCGAACCAAAUAUAUAUUUUAGUAUUAAGAUAAAAAUAUUGUAAUCAUAUAUGUGAAAGGAUCAAUGUCUUAUUUUAGAUUUGUAAGAAUUGGAAACGUGCAUAAAGGGAAAAAGAAAAAAAAAACGAGGAGGUAAAAGACUGGAGGGCUGUCCAAGUGAUGCAAGCAGUAUGGCCUUUUCAAUGACAAAGGGGCAAGGAUUUGGCUAUAAAUAGCCGAGUCCAGGCCCUUGAAUGGUACAGCAAUGAAGGAAAAAGGGAGAGCGGGAGAUGGGUUAAAAUUUUGUUGACCUAGCUUUUUGUCUUUCACAAAAUUUUUGGAUAAGAAUCUUUUAUUAAUUUUGUAAAUUUGAGUUACUUAAAAUUGAUUUUUAUGCAUAUUUGGGGGUUUUAUAUCACAAGCAAGGUUUGCUAGUGUUUUGGUCUACCAGUUUCAUAAUUUUUCAGUGAUAUAUGAUCUCUUGCCUAUCCUUUCUCUGAUGGUCGAGAAAAAAGUAAAAUUAAAUGUAAAAUUAGGGGUAGGUCUGUUGAAUCAAGGAUUUUAUGUGAACGGUUCAAGUAAAUUUGGUUGGGUGAAACAGUUUUUUCAAGUUAAAAUGUCAAUUUUUCCUUGAUUAUAAAGUUUCUUCUUUUGUAGUGACAGGCGUAAAUUGUUUUAUGCAAUUUAUUCAUGUUUUUCUCUGAGUUGGUUAAUCUAAAUUAUCUUAUGAUAUUAGUUAACAGUCCUCUGCUGUUUAUGGGUUCACACAUAGUGUUAUUAAAGAGUAAUUCGUUACUGAAGGUAAGUGAAAAUUUAAGAGGGAUGUUGGUGGAUGAGUAUUUUAUACUGUUGGACGGGCUUGUUGAUUUUUUUUCUCUUUUAUAUUAUAGAUGCUUUUGGUGUUAAUUCUGUUUUCAAUUAGUAUUUGAAAAACAUUUUAUUUUGGAAAACUGAUCUAAAAUGUGGACAAGUCUUUCUUUUCCGUGCUGAACAGUAGGCAAAGUAGUACAUGGUGCCUAUCCAAAAAGCCCCUAAAAACGGGUGUAGUUUCUGGUGCUUUUUACUAUUUGUAGUCAACCUUUACCCGUCCACUCUCUGUUCCCUUUUCAAAACCCCAACAGAAAGGCCACUUCUAAAGAAGUUAAUUGAGUUGGAAUAUAGCUAAAUUGAACUGGUUAUGCAAUAAUUAAACGUACCUCGUUUUGGGGGAGAGAGAGGAUGAGAAGAAGAGAAAAAAGGGGGGGGGGGGGGGG